UGUGUGUGAUGCUGCAGCUCCUGUAGUCUCUCCAGUCUCCAGUAAACAGCAGACAUGGCGACAGUGGUCCAACCGCUCUCUCUGGAUCGAGAUGUUGCCAGAGCUAUCGAGCUGCUGGAGAAGCUGCAGGAGUCGGGUGAUGUGCCCGGUCACAAGCUCCAGUCUCUGAAGAAGGUGCUUCAGAGCGAGUUCUGCACAGCCAUCCGAGAGGUGUACCAGUACAUGCACGAAACAAUUACAGUGAAUGGCUGUCCAGAGUACCAGGCGAGGGCCACAGCAAAGGCUACAGUCGCAGCCUUCGCAGCCAGCGAAGGUCACUCCCACCCACGAGUGGUGGAGUUACCCAAGACGGAGGAAGGGCUGGGCUUCAACGUGAUGGGCGGAAAGGAGCAGAACUCGCCCAUUUACAUCUCCCGUAUCAUCCCCGGAGGCGUGGCCGAGAGGCACGGCGGCCUGAAGCGAGGAGAUCAGCUGCUGUCUGUCAACGGAGUGAGCGUAGAAGGCGAGCACCACGAGAAAGCGGUGGAGCUCCUCAAGGCGGCCAAGGACAGCGUGAAGCUGGUGGUUCGCUACACCCCCAAAGUGCUGGAGGAGAUGGAGGCCCGCUUCGAGAAGCUCCGCACGGCCCGGCGGCGCCAGCAGCAGCAGCUCCUCAUGCAGCAGCAGCAACAGCAGAACCUGACCUCUCAGCAGAACCACAUGUCGUAGGAUGUUCCAAAAGAAGAAGAAGGAGUGAAGAAGAAGAGAGGAAAAAGGUGGAUCUCAAAGACCAUCCGUGUGUGCCGAGGAUCCCCAAAGGAACCCAUUUUUCUCUGCCGUGGAGGAAAAAAAAACCCAACGAGUAGAGGACUCUUUGACUCACGUUCUCCCUUCCAGUGUUCCACCGAUUACUGAGCAGAAACACAGAGAGCCGUUUGUCCUGAAACCGGUGCUUUGAAGAAGAAGAAGAAGAAGAAGAACGCUGAGUUCAGCACUGAAGGUCGUUCAUUCUAACUUCCCUUUUCUAAGUUGUUCUCUUGGGUGUGACUCUUACUGAAACUCCCUUUUUUGUGUGUUUGUUGUUUUUGUUUACAAAGUCCAUUUUUAAUUGCCACUUUCUUGCCAUAGAUAUCAUUUGUACAGUGGUGUUUCUAUUGAUUCCUCAACUUGGUGCUUGUGUCUUUGUAUGAAUGACCAUUGAUUUCUCUCUUUGUGCGUCCUGUUUUGGAUAAACGUGAACUCUUUUUUACCUUCUAUAUUGUAGCAGGAGAGAUUUUGUAUCUUGUAGGUUUAGCAAUAACACACACUGUUCUGUUUUGACAUUUCACUCACUGAACUCAUGAUCGGAUCCGUGCGUAUGUAGACGGAGUUUAUUACGGCAUCAGAUGUAAAUCACUGUAAAGAAAAGUUGGUCUUGUGUCCUGUGAGGCAGCUUCUGUGUCCGCAUCCUCUGUGCCAUUUAAAGAGAUUAUUCAUUUGCAGGUGGCACCAACAAUUAAUGUGCAAUAACGACCAUUAUUUGCAGACUUUUUAAGCUUCUAGAUUUACCAGAAAAUAUAUGUUAAUGAGAUUUCAACACUAAGAAGAGCUGAGCAUGUCCUGACACAAACAGAAUGUCACCACUUUCAUUUGAACAGAUUUUAACCCAAAUAUAGAAGAAUAAUUUAUAUCCAGAUUAAUCUAUUUUAUAGUUUAUGAGAUCAGAGUUUAACAUAAAGUUUUAUUGUUCCUUUUACAUAUUAAGUAUGCUUUUAUUGUGAUUAUUUAAAGUAUAUUCAUUCAACCACAGCUGAUAUUUAGUGAUUUAGUAGAUCCGUCCUUUUCUGUUUCGACAAUCAUUCUCUGUACCUGUGUUUUUUUUUUCUUGUUUCUUUUUGGACCCAGCAGCAGAGCUGAAGCUGUAACUCACCUGGUCUCUUUACUUCUACUAACGCCUCCAUCUUUGGUGCUACGUGCUCCUCCUUUACUUUUGCUUGGUUUUUAUUUUGCGCUGAUUAAUUCGUUGACCUAGUUGUUACUGAUGUUGUGUUUCUGUUCUUUUACUGUAGGUGGCGCUCUUUUCUUUAUAUGAGUUACAGUGCUUUUUUUUCUUCUUCUGUUUAUCCCUGACUACUUAAAGCAUAAACUUACUGGAUGCAGAAGAAGCUGCAUGAUAAGAAAGAAAAGCUGUCAUGAAGUUUUAAAUUUGCAUUUUCAUAAAAAAGUUGCAGAUCGUUUCUUUAAAUUGCAUCAUGGAUACGUUGGUGAAAAUGAAACUGUCCUGAUCUAUGUUACAUCUGACUGCACAAGACCAGCAGAGCUAAUUCUUCACAUGCAUAACACAUGACCUGAAUGACCUGUGAGCACUGAGGUGACGUGGCUUUAAGUCGCCUCUGUGCUCGGGUUCAUUUAAAGGAUGUUUAAAAUUCAGUCCCCAAGCGGAACAUCUCAAUACAACAGAUCCCUUUUUGUAUUUUAAAUCACAGGUACUCUUUCUUAAUUGACAUUUUUGAAGCUGAUGGUCCUGUACUUACCGUAAAGGUUUAAAAAAAGAAAACAAACUGUUGAUAUGCAAUUGUUAUACAUACUAUAUUUGUAUAAAUAAAUCUAUGUGCUUGUGUACAGUGAA